GUGCGGGGCUGAGCGCGGGAGAGGCUCCUCCGUGCCGAGAGCGCACCAAGGCCGCCGAGGCUCCGCGGCGUGCGGGGACCCCAGGACCCCCGUCGCCGCCUGGGGCCCCGUCCGAUCCCUGGGAGCAGUGGUGGAUGGAGCCUUGCAGCCUGAUUCCCGGGGAUCUUGAAAUACGGGCAGCCGCGGGGACAGCACUUCCAAGGCUGGGACAUGAAGGUCGCUGUGUUGGACCUUGGGUCUCUCUUUGCCAAAAUCUUCAAGACCUCGACGGCGCCCGCGGCCGUCCCCUCCCCGGUCGCCUCCUCCAGCCACUCGGGAGGCGCUGCCACCGCAGGGCGCGCGGGCUCCGGGGCGGGCAGCUCGCUUAGCACGGCCACGACCCUGACCCUCUUCCCGGCCCUGGCGCCACACUCCCCUUCUGCCUCGCGGGGGGCGCCCGUCCCGCUCCAUCCUCUGCUCACCGCCUCCUACCCCAGGGUCUCGGUCGCGAGCCGCGCAGCAGAAGCAGUAGGGAGCCCCGUCUCGCUGCCCAGUAGCCCGAGGGUAACCAAAGGUCAGCCCCUGCCCCUACCCCAGCCCCUAGCCCUGACCCCUUCCAGCGGUGGCUGCAGCGCCGCGGGCUCCCCCGCGCACCUGGUGGCCUUGGCGCGCCCGCCCCCGGGCCCUGGCGGGGUCUGGGCGGCGCUGCCGUCCAUCGGGGGCGCCACGGGCAGCGGCAGUUUAGCCUCGAGCCCAAGGAACCUCCGCUCGGCCGGCCCCGGAGAGCGAGAGCCCAGCGCUGGGAUUCCCCCCGGGCCUGGCGCCAAGACCCUGUUCUUCACCCUGCCCGACAUCGGCGAGGAGUGGGCCUCGGACGGCGACUCGGAGGAUGGCGGAGAAGCGAAAGGACUGUCAGAAGGAUCUGGAAAGCACAGUUUUGCUGUGAAAAGCAAAGAUUCUCUGCCUACACGUUUUACAAGAAAUGUGCAGAAAGCCAUUGAUAGAUAUACCUGUGACUCCCUGUCAUCGUUUUCAUCCAGUGGAAGUACCUCUCGCCCAGAAGCCCACAGCUCUUGGUCUGAGUCUGGGACACAGAGUUCUACCACUGGCCUAUCUACCGAGCGGAGUUCCAUUUACUCUUGGAGAGAUGAUGAGUUUGACAAAGCCAACGCACAGAAAGUACAGCAGUUAUUCUGGGAGGUCGAGGAAAUGUUAUUUGAAGGGAAAGUGAGCCCUCAGACUCAGAAUCUCCUGGCUGAAUGCAGCGAGUGGGCACAAAGGUCCCUCCAUCUCAGAGUAUUAGGAAGACAGCUCAUCCUGCCAACUGAUGAAGGCUUCCAACAUUUCCAGGGCAGCGAGCCUGGUUCUGUAGUCCACAAACCCUUCUUUGAUGCCUGUGAACGCAACAGCAACAUCAGAGAGUUGUGCAUCUCUGGCUCUCAGAUACUCCCAGUAGCACCCUCGGCCCCUCCCCUGCCGGGCCCUGGUUGCACAGGGGUUGCUCACCUUCCAGCGUGUUCAUCCCUCGAAGAAGAGGUUUAUGAUGUGGAUGGAAAGAUGGAAGAGUAUUUCGCUUUUGACAGAAGAGAAGAUGACGACGAAUGCCUUGAACCGAAAUCAGCUCGGCAUCGUAGGACGUGGUGUAAACAUGGACUUCCUCCCGUUUCCCCUCAUGACUGCAUCAAAGAUGCGGUGGCUGCAGAAGUGUUUGAUGACGUCUGGACAAACGUGGUAGAAAUAUUGGAAGAGCUGAUUAGAAAAAACUGGGAAAUUACACUCACAGAAGGAAAAAAACAGAAAGAAAACUUGAAAGUAGCUGAGAAUAAAUCUCCACACCUACUCAUAUCCCGUAUUAACACUGAUGUAUCCAGUGUCCCCCCAUCCAGAAGUUCUGAAACUCGAAGUGUGUCCCUGGCUUCUCAUCUUAAUCCAGCUCAGAUUCAUCGCUUCUCCAGCAACUUUUAUAGUGAUUUGAAUGGUGUGAUGACAAUUCAAGCAAAACCGCUUCAACAGAGACCUACCUAUUUUGCAGAUAAAACACAGAGUGAGCAAGAGGACAAAUCAUUGGGUGUAGGAGCCAGCGCUCUUUCCUCCGCACGGUAUUGUCUGGGACGAAUCUCAGAUAGCCGUGGGCUACAGAGUUCUGCAAAGAAAACGCCGACACAUAGGAGGCUGCCUUCUCUUACUUCCGACUCGCAGAGAAUGAAAACCCCCAAUGUGUGCAGUGAGGAAGUUCUUAGGGGAACAAAACUGCAAGCCGGCAUAGACCGCCUGUCCUCCCCACCAGUUCAAACCUCGCGGAGCAGGUUACCCCCAAUAGGCUCGGAGGCUGGUGAGCAGAGUGCGGCAGUUCCCGGAUCUCACCCAGUUUCUUACAGAGGAAGGCAUCCACAAAGCCGUGUGUUAAGUGCGAUACCGGACAGUAUAGAACGGUCGCCUCUUCGAGAAAGAUCUCUGACUGUGGAACAGUUUUCAAGGCCCAGCACAACCCAUACAUUUCGGUCAGAGAUGCCUCGAAAAAGUUCACUGACCGUGAUGGAAUUUGCUAGUCACACAUGGACAGGUCAAGGUUUGACAGGUUCACAGUAUCAGUCUAAAUCUUUUCAGAGGACAACCUUGACUUCCAGAAAGAGAUUCCAAGUGGUGUCUUGAUGUUCCUUCGGCAGACCUACAACGCGGUUGGAGCACGCAAAGCCUCAGCACACCAUUUAUCACUUGAAAAAUGGAAGAACAAGUAUUAUAUUAUGUAUGUUUGUCUGACAGUCUGAGAUGUUAGACGAUCUGAGAGAUAUGCAAACAAAUGGGCAACUUAAUUUUGAACACUUUGCACUGUAGAGAGAAUACAAGUUAAACUCACCAAGCUUCUUCUUUAUGGGGACCUUUAUUCCAAGAAAAGUUCUUUAGGCUUUCCUGAGAAGAAUCUGAUAUGUGUUUAUAAUCCGUCAUUUUAUCAAUUAUACAUAGACACACACAGAAUUUGUGUAUGUAUUCACAUACUACUUAAUAUAUAAGAGUAUAUUAAUCUGGGAAUAUGCCAUUCUGUAACUUUGUGUCUUGACAUAUUUUUUGUGUCUCAUCCUGUUAUUAAUUCCGUCGAAAUGCUAGUCACUAAUAGAUAUUACUCCCUUUAGAAAAUAGGAAAAAUCCUAGUCACUAAUAGAUAUUACUCCCUUCUUUAAAAAAUAGCGAAGUCAUCUUUGGUACAAUAUGCCAGUUUGACUCAGAUUCAGAUUGUUCUAGUCAUGGUGCUGACUUUCUUAGGCCUUUUUUAAAAAGUACUUUCGUCACGAACUUCUUUGGGGAAUGGCAGUGGCUAAGUUUCCCAAACCAAUGUUGUUUUACUAGUUUUCAUGUCAAAUUCAGGCAGUCUAUUUAAAAGGAUCCCCAAUUUAUUGAUUUUUCAAGCUGAAUAUAAACAUAUCUAAAAUCUGUUGCAUAUGGUUUCAUCUUGAUAGUUUACAGUUGAAGUGCCCGUCCAGCGGAGGGGAAGCUUUGCAGCAGCAUCUGCCUUGUUUGAGCACAAUCUGAUCUUUGCCCAGGUGUCACCUCUGCACAAAGCCUCCCCUGAUCCCUCUGUCUAGAGCAGCAGCCCUCUCCACUCUCGGUCGUCUUGCCCUGCUUUAUUUUUCUUCCGAGCAUGUGUCCCUAUCUGACAUUAAUAUAGGGAAUGGAAGAGACAAUGCAAAGAAGAAAUGAUCAAGCAGAUGCAAGUCUCUAGGGUCAUUUUUCUUUUGCUCCCUCCGCCCCAUUUGUUUUCCUUUAUGGUGAUUUAAAUCUUUAGACUCAUUUUGAUAAUUCUCAGAUCUCAAAUCACCGUAAUUUCUUCUUUUCUCUCAGAUAAUUAUACAUAUAUAUAUAUAUAUAUUUUUUUUUUUUUUUUCUGCUGGGAAAGAUUUGCUCUGAGCUAACAUCUGUUGCCAAUCUUCCUCUUUUUUUUUUCUUUUUCCUCCCCAAAGCCCCAGUGCAUGGUUGUAUAUUCUAGUUGUAAGUCCUUCUAGUUCUUCUAUGAGAGCCAUCGUCACAGCAUAACAACUGACAGAUGAGUGGUGUGGUUCCACGACCACCAAACUGGGGCCAUUGAAGCAGAAAGAGGGCUGAACUUCAACCACUAGGCCAUCAGGCUGGCUCUCAGAUAAUUAUAUUUUAUCAAUCUAAUUUUCAUUAACCCAAAAUAAACUUUGUAUAUAUAUAUAUAUAUAUAUGCAUAUAUAUAUAUAUAUAUAUAUAUAUGACAAAUCAUACACAUAUAUAGUAAGUUAUUUUCAGACAUAUUUCUGGUUGUAAGAAGAGAGGAUUGUUGCCUACAUAUAGAUGUCUGGAAAUUAAAAAGUAUGUGGGGACUGAAAUUAGUGUUGAGCUUUAUCACAGAGUGACGAAACAAAAAAGACCCUAGAGGCUUGCCUCCGAUUGAUCAUUUCUCCUUGACAUUCUCUAUUCCACUUUCUACAGUAAUGGAAUAUGUUAGGGAGUAGACACAAGAAUGAUCACUGAAUCUACACGUCUUUUGAGUGGUCACAGCUUUGUAACUCUAGCAAAUAUUCCUACGGCUUCAUUACCCACACAAAGGAGACCAAAGCAGUUUGAGAAUUUUCUAAACUAUCCAUAAACAUUAGCUAGAGAAACUUUCGAAGAGAAACUAUCAGUGUCAAUCUUGCAGUUGUUAAACAUGAGGAAUUCCUAGACAUGUGAGCCGUCUGGAGCGCCUGUUCCUGAGGGUCUCCAGUUAAGUGCUCCCUGGUCUGUAAUUACUGCUAACUGUGCCCUUGCUGUCCACCCUGCUCCUGCAGAACCAUUCAGGCUAUUUCACCUCAAUUUCCAGGAGCCAUCUAACUCCUUCCCUUAUCAGCCCAAACAUCUUAGAAAGGAAAAUGACUGAUAUACAUACUAAACUAACAUUAAGGUAGAGUGUCCAAGACAAAUUAUUUUUUUCUUAGAGAACCACUGAAUGGCUUUUGUGGUAGUGUUACUUUAUUUAAUUUUGGAGUUUUGCAAAUAAGAAUGUAUUUUUUAUACAUAUUGAUAAAAAUACUUUAAAACAUAGAAUGAAAUGCGGUGAUCUUGAUCCAUAUCUUCUAAACAUUUUUGAUUAGAAGAUAAAGUACCAUUUUAGAGAUAACAUAAAGGUGUGGCUGUGCCACUGACUUUAAAAAGACCUGCUCAGAGCAUAUAUUUUUAUGCCUAUGUUAAAGAUAAUAUUUUAUUUAUAGGUAAAAUGAGAUGUAGAGUUAGCAAAUAAUGCUUUUAUCAAGGACUGUGCUUUUAAAAUGAUUAGGUAAAAAUUAAGUCAGUGUUUUCAUAAUGAUCUACUUUGAUAAAUGAGACUUAUCUUAGAAUUUCUGUGUUAAAAAUUAAAAAGGGCAAAUUGAAUUACUCCAGAGAUCAAUUUUAAAAUUAAGGUUAGUGGUUACAUGAAUUAAAAUAUCUGUUAAUUUAUCCAAAACCAAAGAAGGAAUGAAGAAAUUUAAAAAUAAUAUAAAAAUAUGUAAAAUACCAGAGAAAACUGUUAGAUUUUAUAAAUUUAAUAUAAAGGGAAUUAUGCAUAUUGAUAUUAUUCUGAACUAGAAUGGAAUUUCUAUACCAAUUAGGUGCAUUUUUAUAAUAUCAUCAAUCAUUUGGGUAUUAUGUUUUUAUUGUCAUUGUUUUCUUAUGACUACAGAUCAUUGUUCAGGAUUUUUAAUUUUUAAUAAAAUAUAAAAGUGU